GACGACGACUUUCUAGUCUCUCUCCUCCCGCCUCCGAGUCCGACCCGUCCGAGAAAACAAAACAAACCAAAAGAAGAAAAGAAAGGCGACGACGAGGGAGGGAAGGCUCGCCGCGAGAUCUGGGGGAGCUCCCAUUCCCAGGAUGCACGACUUCUGCUUCACCAUCCCCUACGGGUUCGCCGUGCUGGCCGGCGGCGUGCUGGGCUACCUCCGCCGCGGCAGCACCGCCUCCCUGGCGGGGGGCGCCGGCGCCGGCGCGCUCCUCCUCCUCGCGGGCUUCGUCAGCCUCAAGGCCUUCCAGAAGCGCCGCAACUCCUACGUCGCCCUCGCGCUCGAGACGCUUUGUGCAUUAGCCUUAACUUCCGUUAUGGGGCAAAGAUUCCUCGAGACUUCGAAGAUUAUGCCAGCUGGUGCCGUUGCUGGUCUCAGUGCCGUGAUGUCCGCAUUUUAUCUGUUCAAAAUUGCAACGGGCGGCAACCACAUCCCACCACCAAAGAAAGAGUAAACCAGGCUUUAACUUGUAAAUUAUGUUUGAUUGAUGUCGAAGAAGACUACGAGCGAUUGUGUUGUCUAGUUGCAUGGUAACUUCAGGGACUAACAUCUUCUUCCCCAUUUGUAAUUCGGCUAGAAUGUACCAUGGUUUGUGAACAAUGUAAAAGAAAUAAAGAUGUGAUUCACGGAAAUGAAUAUGAUGUUUACUGAGG